AUGGGUUGCUGUGGUUGUGGAGGAAGUUGUGGCGGCUGUGGUGGCUGCGGUGGUGGCUGUGGUGGCUGCGGUGGCGGCUGUGGUGGCAGCUGUGGUGGCUGCGGUGGCUGUGGCAGCUGUACCACUUGCACUUGCCGCCGUGUAGGCUGCUGUUCUGCCUGCUGUCCCUGCUGCUGUGGCUGCUGUGGGGGCUGCUGUAGUCCCACAGUCAUCUGCUGCCGCCGCACUUGCUGCCGUGGCUCCUGUGGCUCCUGUGGCUGUGGCAAGGGCUGCUGCCAACAGAAAUGCUGCUGCAAGAAGCAAUGCUGCUGUUAG